UGUCGUCGUCGCCGCCAAACAGAAUCUCGAAACGUAUCGCGAAUGAGACACUAGGUUGUCAAAUUUCACGGCAAUUUAUCUCGAGAGAUUAUCGACUGGGAUCGAGUGGAUCGCUCGAGCCGGUUUUCAAGAAACUAAGAUAAGCUCUUUCCGGGAACGGAAAAGCAAACGGUAUUCUGUCGCGUUCCUUCACGGUAAAACUCGUGGAAAGUGCUGCACGCUCCGGUUCACGGUGCGCUAUUCAGAGGGACGGAACAAGAGAGAGGGGAAGAGGGAGGAAGUAAGAGAGGAGCCGUGUUCGCUGAAGAAAGGCGUGCUCGCGACCGAGCUUUCGGGAUCUCGUCUCCUUCGUAGACACGCUCAGAUUCCUUCCUGAUUUAUUUUCUUUUUUCCCCCCCCGACUCGUCCAAAUCGAAAUGCACCUCUUCUCGGGCAAUUAACCGGGGACGUUGUUUACGCGCGUCGUCAAUCCGAUGGACAUCACGCAGGUCGUUUCCAUUUGAACACCCGUCAGUGUGUCGCGGUUGAGACUAAUCACCCCGGGACCAGAAGUGAGUGAGUUUCGCGAGUGGUGUCCGAUAAUAGACUGACGUUCGAAAAAGAAUCCUGAAUAUGAGGCUCAGAAAGACGCUCGUGCUAUUGGUCAUUGCGAGUGCGGUGUACAGUCAAAAUGCGACUGUGAUCACCAGCGACGGCCUUCAAGGCUACGACCCUCAGUUCAUGGUCGGCUGUUACUUUCCCGCGGAAUUUCAGGGUGAGUUCAUGACACAGGUGAGCGGAAAGGAAGCCAGCGAUACGACCAACGAACCCAUUCAAUACUCCACCAUCAACAUCACAUUCAACGCUAUACCUGUGUGGGGCUACUGCCACAGGAGGGUCGGCGAUAACGUGUUGCUAAUGGACAGGUACAGCGACGGCGAGUGCAUACGAUGCUUUCGUCUGUUGAGGAGAUCGAGGAACGUGAUCGAAGUGUUCUCCGAAAAUCUGAACAGGUGUUACACUUCUGAAUCCACGGCUCUGGCUUCUUGCGAAACGUUGAACUCCACGUCGAUCUUGUACCGUACCAAAGAGAUAGGAAACGUUGCUAUCAGGAACGAGUACUGUCCCAUAACCGGGCAGUAUCAUUUCAAAUACAGCGUGAACAAUGGAUCGAAAAGGGUCAUUGAAUGCAACAGCUUUUCGUCCUCUUUCAACAACUGUCCAGACGGCUCCGUUUUACGACUGCACUUCAAUCGUUGCACCUUCGAAUCUCAAGCAAAUCUCACGUUCAACUGUUUGGGCAACUGGCCUGGCCCAAACGGAUCCACUUAUUUUGCCCUGUUGGACAACAAUGCAGCCAGCGAAGGCAGACCGCAAUACAGAUGCGGGUUAUACCACGUCGAUAACAAAAUGGGUAAGACGUACAUGGCGCUGAGCAGCGAUUCUAGCUGUACAGAAAAUUUAGACAAUUCGACCAGCGGAUACGAGACGCUGGUUCUUAGCAAGAUUCCAAAUCAAAAGAAAAUGCCUAAUUACGUGAAGACUCACGUGGCCACAUUCCCAAAAUGGGCCCAAGGCGUGUGGGAACAAUCUCUCAUCGUGAACGGCACUAUGACCUUCACUGACCUCAACGGUUACAAUAGUUACACUUUUAUCACCGUAGAUUCGAACGAAGAGACCGGUCGUUACAUAGUUUACUCCAAGGACCAAUGUGAACAGGCGGCUUAUUUAUGUUUAAUGAUGAGGCAACGAAGCGAAAAUGUAUUAGAAUUCACUAUAGGAAUAGUACUGAGCCCAGUUUAUCAAACAUAUUUGUGCGACGAUCCCAAUUUGGAUAAGCCUGUAUGGAUGACUCAAGCAAGGGUGGAACGUGUGGUGGAAUCGCCUUGUCCAAUUACCGGCCAAUAUAUGGGAAUGAUAACCGAUUUAUCAGGCAUGUGCGCCGAGUUAAGCAGCAAUUGCAACACGCGUGAAAUAAUGUAUUUUAAAGUCACGGACUGCGAGUCUGGCGAACUUUACGGAGAACGAGCAUACCUCUGCUUAGGACAAUGGGAAGAAAAAGGUGUUAUGUACGCGUAUACGUUGAGAAACGACACCAGUACCAACGAGUGCUUCGUGGGUUUAAUCGUGAACGAUGAAGAAAUCUAUAUCAAAGAGGCAGGGGAUCACUGCAUUCGAAACAUCGACCCUAAACAAGAAGGAAUGCGUCUGUAUAAAAAAGGCCAAUGUUAUGGAAAUUCUCCAAGCCCUGCGCCAACACCAAUGAAACCAAUUCCUCGCAAUCCAAUAAUGAGAAUUGCGACAACCCCUAGAUCCAGAAUAUCAGGUACGAGCAGCAUACCAGGAAAUAAUAUUCCAUCCUUGACCUCCAGUAACGCAACUGCAUCCUACAGUUUCGUAACGCUGGUAAUGUUACUUACAUUCUCCAGAAGUAUUUACAUGCAUGUUUGAGUAACUACACUGCCAUUAGCGAAGAACAAUGAAAUAGCAAAUGAAUAUUCCUACGCGACUGACAAUGCCUACCGUCGUUAGAAAAUACUGGGAAGAUAUAA